GUCAAAACUGUAUAUAUAUACUCCACAGAUGCCAAUAUGAAACAAAACGAACACAAACGUUCAUCAGCGCACACGUCAUUGUCCACAAGUUUUUAAUGAAGCUUGGAAAAGUGAUGGACAGCCAGAAAACCGUACGCUGUACCAUGGAGGAGGAGCCAGAAGCAAAGCGAAAAUCCAAAAGACAUGUAACAAUCGCCGUCGCAGCUCUUGUGGCACUUCUUAUUGUUGGUGCCAUCUCGCUUGUUGCUGUCUACCUUGGAGGUAAAAUUGCCACGGAUACCAUUCAGGAGGCAUCUUACGUGUUUCAUACAAAAGAUGGACAAGCGAUAGAGGAAACGAUAACAGUGACAGACACAGAAGAAGAUAUUGGGCUAAAAGACGGCACGCGUAUCGUGUAUGAUUUCAGUAAGGGAUUUAUGACCAUGAAGAUCACUGAAGACGGAGAAGAUACCUGUUAUAUAACACCGUUUGAGAGAAAACAUGUACAUGCACCAUCGGCCGAGGAUUUCAGCUCAAUGCUCCAAGAAAAUGUCAGCAUCUCCGAACAAAUGGAUUAUUAUGUUGAUAAAUCUAGCAACGUAAAUCCUUCUGUGUUGUCUCAAAGAUCACUCGGAAUGUGUGCCGGAAGCAAUGUCUAUUGGAUGUCGACAACAAUUAAAGGAGGCAAAACAGGGAGACAGAGGCGAGGCUGCAAGAGAGUUUGUAAGGCCUACUGUAAAUGCUGCCCACGAGACUGUGGUGUAAAAUGUAGCAUCAAGUGUUCUUUUUAACAACACUUCAACAUGAUGACAAAAUCGUCAUAGAAACUUUUAGACCAAAUAAAUUGUAGAUGACUGUGCUUGACAUGUAUGGUUUAAACAUGUAUCUGUUAGCUACUGUACAUCCGGUUGCAGUGUAAUACAAAAAGUGUAAAUGAACAAAUUUUGUUAUUCAGAAGUUUACCAAAGAUGCUAACUAUUAAACCAUGAAAUAUAUUAAUUUAUUACUGCGUUUUACGUACAUUAGACCAUUUUCCUGCCCCCUGAAAGCAUGCAUAUAUAUUUGUAUUAUCAUUCAUCUGUAAUAUUUCGAAAUAGUAUCACAUCUUGCAACUUAUCCAAAAUAAUAAACUUAGUCUUUAUAUAAUUUUUACUGAAUACAAUGUAUACGUAAGUUCAGUUCAAACACUGAAUAUAAAUAUGCUCUUUAGUUCAGUCUCAUAAUAUAUAGGUUAUACACAAAUAAUACAGCACAGAAGUACAGGAUGCUCUUGGACGUAUUUAAUUUGUUCAGUACAUUUUAUACGUUGUAAACUAUGUUUGUUCUGUACGUUUUGAAAUAUUGUUUAUUCAUUUUGUAUAUUGCAUUUGGUUACUUGUUCUGUUAAUUUUAUUACAUGUUAUGUACAUUGUGUAAGAUGUUCUGUAAAUUUUGCAAGUUGUUUUGUGAAUUGGCAGUUACUUUAUGUGCUUUGUAAACAUGACAACUUAUGUGGUAUAAAGCUGUCAUUUGCUUUGAAAAUGCACAGGAACGUGUAAUGCACAUAACAACUUGCGGCUGUAAAAAGUCUCCCGUACUUGGA